AUGUCACAUUGGGGCAUAUGUGAGAAAAUAGUCACUGAUGGGGGUCCAUGUUUUUCUAGUCAAGAAUUUGAUGAGUUUUCAAAGUCAUGGGAUUUUGUACAUGUAAAAUGUAGUCCAUAUCAUAACCAAACAAAUGGCUUGGCUGAGGCGAUGGUUAAAGUUGCCAAACGUAUACUUAAAAAGGCAAAAGAUGAUAAUUCUGAACCGAGAAUAGGAUUUUUAGAAUAUCGUUCUACUCCUCUCGCUGAUAUAGGAAAUUUCAGUCCAGCGCAGUUAGUCCAAUCACGACAACUUCGUUCUAUCCUUCCCACUGUAAGGGAAAACCUUAUACCACGAGUACCGCCCCCUGAUGUAGUCAAACAAAAAAUCGCAGAAUCCAAGGUCAAAUCUAAGCAUUACUAUGAUAAAAAUGCUAAGCCUCUGUCUCCCUUAAAUGUUGGAGAUUCCGCUAGAAUUCAACGUCUAGACAAGUCCUGGAGUCCCGCUGUUGUAAUAAAAAAUCACAGCGAUAGGUCCUAUAUUGUUGAAACAGAAAACGGACAACAAUAUCGCAGAAAUCGUAAAGAUUUGUUGAAAUCUAAAGAAUCACCUUUAUUGACACAUGGUGCUUUGAAUUCUGGCCUUGAAAUGUCAGUUAAUGACAGAAUGAUUAACGUAGGGUCAGAGCGUACCGAUAGCAAUAAACAGCCUGUGGUUUUGAAUCCUCCGGAUAAUGCUAAUUAUUUCACUCGCGCAGGCAGAAAGGUGAAGCCACGUGCUGUAACAGACUUGUAA